AUGGAAUACACUUACGACACCAACCACCGCACCGUUGAACCUCAUGGGAUAAGGGAUGUAAUGGACUUGGAGCAUCACAUCCACUAUCUGGAAAUUGAGGCUUAUAGUUCUAUUUUGAAGGCUUUCAUUGCUCAGUCUGAUCUUCUUACUUGGGGCAAAGAGGAGCUGAUGACUGAGCUCCGAAAGGAACUGAAUGUUACAGAUAUUGAACAUGGAGAAAUCCUAGUGAAAAUCAAUUCUGACGAGUUAAUUAAGCAGAUAAGGGAGCAGAGGAAUUUGGGAUCUCAUGCUAAAGAUUAUAUUCAAGCUACUCCUGGUUGUGCUUCUGCUUCAAUGGGAAAUGCAGUGAUGAAACUGAAAACUCAAUCCUCUGCUGCAAUUUAUGCUCAGAAGAAAACGUCACGCAGCCAAAAUUCUCUUGUUUCUAUUCCCAUUCCCUCUUCAAUGCCUCCAAAAUUUAAUGACGAUCCAUUGACUGCUGAAUUUGUCCAUGAAAAAGUGCAACAAUCUAUUGAAAUGUUCAAUUAUAGUGUUCAGUUACCACCUGUUGGUGGAGGGAGAGUGCUGAAAGGAAAACAUCUAUUGCAGAAGGACCUUCACAGAUCUCACUCUGCCAAGUUAAAUAAAAGAUCUGAUUUAAUUCAGCUUCGUGCAACAGAUAGGGUUAUCCAUGAUGUUGAGAAGAUGCUUUUCAGUAAAGAGAAACCUGACCCAGUUGAUAUUGAGAGAGCAAAAAGGGCUCUUAGGAAACAAGAAAUAGAUAUAACUGAAGCACUCGGUAAAGUGACUGAUGUGCUAGAGAAGAGGGGUGAUGCAUCUAAUCAAAUGCUACGUUAUGAAGUGACAACAGAAUACUCCCAGAGGACAAGAAAAGAUGAAUGA